UUCUCUUCCUUACACAACAAAGAUGGCUGCGUCCUGUCGGAACCUGAUGAGGUCGACUUUGCAAGGUUUGUAUAAGUUAUCAAAUAGGACGCUGUGGAUAGGAUCUCCCUUUGAGCAAAGAGUUGCCCAUCUCAGACUGCAGGACAAUGUUUUGCACAGCAGAGCUCUACACUGCGGACAUUACGCUUUACAAACCAUCACCAAGACAGAGUCUCCGAAAGUUAUGAACAAGAAAGCAACUGAACCUGGAAACAAGACCAACCAGCAAAAGAAAGAGGAGGAAGAAGAGGAGGAGGAUGAUAACAGGCCUGAGUACAUCCCCAAAAGAAAGGCCAAAAAUCCAAUGAUGAAAGUUGGAUAUGCAUGGAUGAUUGGCCUGCCUACUGGAAUCAUUGGCUUUAUUCUGGCAAAGAGACAGGUGGACAAGAACCGACUGAAGCAGCUGAAAAUCAGACAGAGAAUGAAGAAAGCCAAUGAGGGAGAUUACGAGAGUGAGCGAUAUAAACCAAGCACCGGGAUGCAGUGAAAGCUCGACUUUGUGAAAUGACUCUCUUGUGCAAGACAAUGGCUUUAUUGUGCACUUAAUCAAUGGGUUGCCAUGGAAACACUGAACCGGGCAGGAUAUAACAAAGACAUGUAGAAAGCAAGCAUUUAUUAUGGAUGAGGAGUUGAUGAAGACGUCUUUUACACAUUUUGAUGCAGUCAUCACCGUGCUUGUUCAUAAGCAUACAGAACAACAUUACAAGCAACCUCUAUUAUCUAUUAAAAUCAUUUAAAUAACCAAAUAAUACUCUAGUGUUUCUUUUAUUGAUUGAUCCUCACAAUGACGAUGCUUACAUAUCGAAUUUUAGCCACAUUUUCUUCAAAACAUGUGGCAUGAGAACAUUGUAACAGAAAAUACAGAAAAAUUCAAAUAUUUAACCAUCCAUUUAAACAUAGUUAACACUUUUUAUAAUUACUAGCGUUGUAUCUUUGGUGCUAAACAAAGGAAA